CUUUUUUAGCUCACCUGGCCCGAAGGGCCAAGUGAGCUUUUCUCAUCACUUUGCGUCCGGCGUCUGUCGUCGUCCGUCGUCGUCGUCGUCCGUCGUCGUCGUCGUCCGUCGUCGUCCUGCGUUAACUUUUACAAAAAUCUUCUCCUCUGAAACUACCAGGCCAAAUUAAACCAAACUUGGCCACAAUCAUCAUUGGGGUAUCUAGUUUAAAAAUUGUGUCCGGUGACCCGGUCAACCAACCAAGAUGGCCGCCAUGGCUAAAAAUAGAACAUAGGGGUAAAAUGCAGUUUUUGGCUUAUAACUCAAAAACAAAAGCAUUUAGAGCAAUUCUGACAUGGGGUAAAAUUGUUUAUCAGGUCAAGAUCUAUCUGCCCUGAAAAUUUCAGAUGAAUCGAACAACCUGUUGUUGGGUUGCUACCCCUAAAUUGGUAAUUUUAAGGAAAUUUUGCUGUUUUUGGUUAUUAUCUUGAAAAAUAUUAUAGAUAGAGAUAAACUGUAAACAGCAAUAAUGUUCAGCAAAAUAAGAUUUACAAAUAAGUCAACAUUACCGAAAUGGUCAAAUGACCCCUUUAGGAGUUAUUGCCCUUUAUAGUCAAUUUUUAACCAUUUUUUGUAAAUCUUAAUUAUCUUUUACAAAAAUCUUCUCCUCUGAAACUACUGCGCCAUAUUAAACCAAACUUGGCCACAAUCAUCAUUGGGGUAUCUAGUUUAAAAAUUGUGUCUGGUGACCCGGUCAACCUACCAAGAUGGCCGCCAUGGCUAAAAAUAGAACAUAGGGGUAAAAUGCAUUUUUUGGCUUAUAACUCAAAAACCAAAGCAUUUAGAGCAAUUCUGACAUGGGGUAAAAUUGUUUAUCAGGUCAAGAUCUAUCUGCCCAGAAAAUUUCAGAUGAAUCGAACAACCUGUUGUUGGGUUGCUACCCCUAAAUUGGUAAUUUUAAGGAAAUUUUGCUGUUUUUGGUUAUUAUCUUGAAAAAUAUUAUAGAUAGAGAUAAACUGUAAACAGCAAUAAUGUUCAGCAAAAUAAGAUUUACAAAUAAGUCAGCAUUACCGAAAUGGUCAAAUGACCCCUUUAGGAGUUAUUGCCCUUUAUAGUCAAUUUUUAACCAUUUUUCGUAAAUCUUAGUUACCUUUUACAAAAAUCUUCUCCUCUGAAACUACUGCGCCAUAUUAAACCAAACUUGGCCACAAUCAUCAUUGGGGUAUCUAGUUUAAAAAUUGUGUCUGUUGACCUGGUCAACCUACCAAGAUGGCUGCCAUGGCUAAAAAUAGAACAUGGGAUAAAAUGCAGUUUUUGGCUUAUAACUCAAAAACAAAAGCAUUAAGAGAAAAACUGGCAUGGGUUAAAUUGUUUAUCAGGUCAAGAUCUAUCUGCCCUGAAAAUUUCAGACGAAUCGAUAGUCAAUUUUUAACAAUUUUCAUAAAAUUUGUAAAUUUUUACUAACACUUUUAACUGAAACUACUGGGCCAAUCAUUAUAGAUGGGGAUAUAUGUACGCAGCAAGAAUGUUCAGUAAAGUUAGAUCUACAAACAUAUCACCAUCACCAAAACACAAUUUUGUCACGAAUCCAUCUGUGUCCUUUGUUGAAUAUUCACAUAUACAAAUGUACCAAGGUGAGCGACACAGGCUCUUUAGAGCCUCUAGUUUAUUUUCAUGAUAAAUGUGACUUUGAAUUAUUAAUUUUGAAAAUAUUUGUUAAUUUAAAUAAUAUGUUGUUCAUAUAGAAUUCUGAAACUAAGAAUAAAGUGAUCAUUAUAAUCCUCGUUAUAGCUUAAGGCAUACAUGUAACUUCAUUCAGAAGAAGAAACACUUAUUGAAAAAGACCAGAAGAGUUUGACCAUGGCUUUCUACUGAAAAAGGAACAAGGAAUACCCAAACUCUACCAAAGUCAAGAGAUGACGUUCACAACACCAUGGAUGUCUUAGAAUUGAAAAUAAACAAAAAGGAAUCAUAUGUUCAUAUUUCUAGGAUUUAGUGCGUGUGCAUGUGCAUAAUAAAACGGAGUUAUACUGCUCGAAAUCACACUUCCACCUCUUCGUUGGUGAACAGAGGACUUAGACUUACGAAAGGGGUACUUAUACUUGUAAAUAAUUAAACAAAUUAAUAAAUAGAUAAGUAUUAUUACAUGUAUUUUACCUGAGUUUACCUGUCAAAAAAAUGCGCGCAAAUGUAAUCAAAAGCUGUGCGCAAACAUAAUGAUUUUUGUGGGCAAAUGUAUUUGGUAAUGUGCGCAAACGUAAUGCACCGUGUAUUUCAACCAAAUAAAUCUUUUCAUCUUAUACAGAUUAUUAGUAUCAGGAGAAAAAAAAGCAACUGAAGAAAAAACUAUAAUCAAACAAAUUUCAGACAAUUAAAUGUGUCUCAUUGCAUGGUUUAUUAAAAUCGAACCACAAAUGCUUUCCAAUUAAUUAUUUGAAAAAUGUGAUAUCAUAUGAAUUAUAUAUUUAUUCAUAUAAUUUUUCGUGCAUAAAUGACAGUGCAUCAUAAGCCUCUAAAGGCUGGUUGGUAUAAAUAUGCAUGUUAAUUGACUGCUUAUGUUUAAAAUUGUAAUAUAUUGUAUUUCAUGUAUAUGUACCAAGUUGUACUUUAAAAUAAAAAUAUCCCUCUAUCUAUAUAGCAAAAUAUUGUGACUGACAAUUAAUUAUUAUGAUUCAGAAUAUUUAUAAAAAAAGAUUUUGACAGAUUUUCACAGAUUGUUGUUACUUUUACCUUGAUUAACGUACAUUACCUAAAAGUGAGGUAUACUAGCAGUUCAUAUUGUAUUUCCCGUGUUCACAUGUCUAUGACAAUUAAUCAAGAAAAUAAUGAUAAAAUUAGCACCAUAAAAUAUCCGGUUGUAUAUAAUGUAGUGAAAACUGUUGCUAUGAAAUGGUAGGAAAUUACAGAUUAGGAUAAGGACAUUGUACACAGAUGUUGUGAAAUCAGGACAAACACAGUGUGAUAACCAAAAUCAGCAGAUAAUAUAAACAGAGAGGUCUUUCUUGCUGUAAUGUAACAUAUACAUUAUUUGGAAAAUAUGUGAAAUGUCUAUCAUCUGAUGUUUUCUCAAGAUUGAGAUAUCAUGGCUCUACUACCCUGAACAUGGGCUGUAACUCUGCUAAACAUGUCAAAGUAGUUGAAGAUACUAAAUCAGAUAAAGUAAUCAGGUCAGCAUUAUUGAUACAGAAAUGGUAUCGUCGUUAUAUGGCCAGGUUAGAGGCCAGAAGGAGAUGUACCUGGGAAAUAUUCCAGUCUAUAGAGUACGCUGGGGAACAGGACCAGUUAAAAUUAUACAACUUCUUUAAUGAUAUGCUCCAACAAAUGGAACCAGACAAAUGUGGUCAGCCAAAAAUACUCAGAGCUUUAUCUGUGUCAAAGAGACCUGUCAGUAUGGAUUCCCUUACUUUGGAAACAGAAGAUGCCAACAUCUACCGUCUGUCCAAUCCAGAUGCUAUCACUGUUGAUCCAAUGUAUUCUGGUCCCCACAUUACAUUUCCUAUGACAUACUCUCAGCUACAGAGCUUGAUCCAAGCAAUCAAAUCUAAACAGAGAUUACAUGUAAAAUAUCUGUUAGAGUUACUUUUGGAAACUCGGGAGGAGUUAAAGAAACUUGGAAAUAUAAAUCAAGCAACAACAUCAAUCUCACAUAAAAUAACUGUGUGUGGAGAUUUACAUGGAAAACUGAAUGAUCUCUUUAUGAUAUUCCACAAGAAUGGUCUUCCUUCAGUGGACAAUCCUUACAUCUUCAAUGGAGAUUUUGUAGACAGGGGAAGCAACUCUGUAGAAAUAGUUAUUAUUUUAUUUGCUAGUUUUCUAUUGUAUCCAAAUGAGAUGUAUAUAAAUAGAGGAAACCAUGAAGAUCAUAUAAUGAACAUCAGGUAUGGUUUUGUGAAGGAAAUCAACAGAAAAUAUACAGCACAUGCUGCUAUGGUGUUAAGGCUCUUUGAAGAUGUGUUCAGUUGGUUACCAAUAGCAACAUUAAUUGACAGGAAGUUAUUGGUGGUGCAUGGUGGGAUAUCGGAUACAACCAGUCUCAGCGAUAUUGCAAAGAUUGAUAGACAUAAGUUCCUGUCAAUACUACAUCCACCCAGAGAGGAUGGAGACAUAACCAAGUUAACAGAAAAUGAAAUCAUGGAAUGGAAAACGAUGUUAGAUAUAAUGUGGAGUGAUCCUCGAACACAGGUGGGCUGUACUCCUAACUCGUUUAGAGGAGGAGGGGUUUACUUUGGAUGUAAUGUGACCGAGGCAUUCCUAUCCAAACAUCAGUUACAAGGUAUUAUCAGGUCACAUGAAUGUAAAGCUGAUGGAUACGAGUUCUGUCAUAAUCAAAAGGUAUUAACAGUAUUUUCAGCCUCUAAUUACUAUGAGUAUGGAAGUAAUCGUGGUGCUUAUCUCAAAAUAGUGGGUAGAGAUCUACAAUACAACCUGGUACAGUAUUCCACUACAAAGGCUUCAAGGAGAAAAAUUACAUUUACACAAAGAGUGAGUAAUUUUGAAUCAUCAGCAAUACAAGAUUUGAGAGAGAAAAUUUUGGCUUCUAGAACACAGCUUGUUCAGGAGUUUGAAAAAUAUGACAAGUCUGUUACAGGAAAAGUAACUGUAAAAGAAUGGUGUGAAGUAAUGGAAAAUGUUAUGAGGAUGGAUUUACCCUGGAGGUCAUUGAGGUCAAAACUUGUCAAGGAUGAUCCCGGUACUGACAAAAUGGUGCUGUAUCAUACAAUGUUUGAUCAAUAUCAUCUUUAUCAUAGAUAUACUGGGAAUGGUCCUACCCUUACAGAGAUGUUAUACAGAAAUAAGGACAACUUAGAAACUAUAUUUAGAAUUUUAGAUAGAGACAAUUCUGGUCAAAUUUCUAUGGAAGAAUUUGAAGAGACAAUCAAGAUGUUAAUCAAACAUCAAGGACUUAAGGUUCCAGAGAGAGACAUUCUAGACAUUGCCCACAGCAUUGAUAUCAACAAAGAUGGAUCUAUUGACUUCAAUGAAUUUCUGGAAGCUUUUCGUAUUGUGGACCAUUUUGGUAUAAAUCGAACAAGAAGACGUAUGGAUUCAAAUGAGUCAGUAGAUUUUCAUUCAGUAAAUGGGAGUAUUAGAUCAGUCAAUGUGUCUCCUACGGACAUGACAAGAAAAGUUUCUCGCAAAGUUUCAAGACGAACAAGUUUAAAUGAGAUUGUUGAAAUUUCUGCUAGUAAUAGAGACAAUCACAUAUUAAAUGACAAUUCAGUAAAGGAACUUUCAGAAUGUGACUAAAACAUUUAAAUGAAAAUUUACAGAAAUCAGCAUACCUAGAAUAUUAAAAAGAAUUAAGUGAAAAAAAUGGAAAACAUCCUUGUAAGGACUCAUGAUGCAUUAGAUGGUUUAUACCAUUUCUUGUAGAACUUGUACAUCUAAUCAGUUUUUAAGUCGUAUGAGGAGUAUAAUCUAGUACACAUUGUUGUUAAGGGGCCAGUUGAAGCCCCCCUUCGGAUGUGAAAUUUAAUUGCUGUGGUGAAGACCUUUUGGUGGACUUCUGCUGUUUUAUUUCUCUUUGACACAUUCCCUAUUUUAUUUCACUUUUUUUUGUUAUCUUUGCUAGCCAGGGGUUACAAUCCACUGACUGUCCUUCUUAUCAACUCUUGGCAGAUUAAGUAAAACCUUGUGAUUAUAAUGCUGUGCUAUCUAUCGGUAGUAAGGGACCGGUCAAAAUUUAUCGUCACAUAGGACCUUGCAAAAAAUAAAAACAUUUAAUAAAAGUUACAACCCUAUGGCUUUCUGACUGAACAAAAAAUGAUGUCCUAUGCCAACUUAGUAAUAAAAAAGUUGGUGUCCUAUCCUACUUUUCCAAUGUAUUGUAAAUAAAAGUAUACUUAAUAGAGGCAUUUAACAUAUGUUGUCCAUAUAAUAUGAUCAAAAGCAACAGUUUCAUGUUUAAUUUUGUUGAUUCACAUACAAUUACAGGCAUGGCAUUAUCAUACAUUAUGCUAUGAAUAAAGCAUUGAAAAAAACAAAGACAUUGCAAAAUGCAAUCAAACCACAAAUAGGUGUUUGUUAAACUGAAAAAUUAAUGAAGCUGCAUGUAUCUUUAAUGUCACACCCAUUUGGACUACUUCAUUCUUGACCAAUGACAGCACUUGAACUCUCCUCAAUGUUGACGUGUACAAAUGAUAAAGUGUGUAGUGUUUACAAAUUUUGUGAAGCAGAAACUGAAAAUAUACUCUGACAUUCCAAAAUUUGCACUAGUAAUAUACCAAGGAGUCCCAACAAUUUGAUUAAGAAGUUUUGACAUUAAAUAUUGUAAUAUGUUUUGGGAGUAAAGACUUGUUGCACAACCAGCAUGUGUUUAUUUACAUUUUCUAAAUUUAUACAUAAAAGUGCUUUUUGAUUGGAUGCAGCCAAUAACAACUGUAACCAAUGAAUGUCCUUACCUUGUGGAUCCAAAAGGACACAGAUAUUCAGUUUCUCAUUAUAAAUAUAUAAUACUUUAAUGAACUAUUUUUCUAAAAAUCAAUCUUUUAAGUUUGAGCAUUAUAUUGAGAUUUAAGCAUAUGAUAAGUAGAUAUAGGAAGAUGUGGUGUACUUUCUUUGAUUAUAUUCAUUACACCUUGUCAACACUCUUUUUAAUAAAACAUACCCUUUUCAUUUAAUCAGAGGUUUAUUCAGGUAUUAAUCUAUACAAUGAAAACUAAAGGAUUAAAAGUUAAAACAGCCAAUGACACACUUAUUCAAAUGUUAAAAAAGCCAUUGACACUUGAAGUCAAAAGUUAAAACAUUCAAUGACACGUACAGUCAAGAGUUAAAACAGCCAAUGGUACUUACAGUAAAAAGUGGAAACAGCCAAUGACACUUACAUCAAGAUUUAAAAUAUCCAAUGGCACUUAGAGUCAAAAGUUAAAACAACCAAUGACAUUUACAGUUAAGAGUUAAAACAGCCAAUGACACUUAAAGUCAAAAGUUAAAACAUUCAAUGACACGUACAGUCAAGAGUUAAAACAGCCAAUGGCACUUACAGUAAAAAGUGGAAACAGCCAAUGACACUUACGUCAAGAUUUAAAAUAUCCAAUGGCACUUAGAGUCAAAAGUUAAAACAACCAAUGACAUUUACAGUUAAGAGUUAAAACAGCCAAUGACACUUAAAGUCAAAAGUUAAAACAUUCAAUGACACAUACAGUCAAGAGUUAAAACAGCCAAUGACACUUACAGUAAAAAGUUAAAACAGUCAAUGACACUAAAAGUCAAAAGUUAAAACAGCCAAUAACACUUACAGUCAAAAUUGUAAACAGCCAAUGACACUUAAAGUGUAAAGUUAAAACAGCAGAUGACAAUUAAAGUCAGAAGUUAAAACAGCCUAUGACACUUACAAUCAAAAUUUUAAACAGCCAAUGACACAGUCAAAAGUGUAUACAGCCAAUGAAUGACACUUAAAGUGAAAAGUUAAAACAGCAGAAGACAAUCAAAGUCAAAAGUUAAAAUAGCCAAUGACACUUACAGUCAAAAGUGUAAACAGCCAAUGACACUUAAAGUCAAAAGUUAAAACUGCCAAUGACACUUUAAGUCAAAAGGUUAAACAGCCAAUGACACUUAGAGUCAAAAGAUAAAACAGCCAAUGCCACUUACAGUUAAGAGUUAAAACAGCCAUUGACACUUAAAGUCAAAAGUUAAAACUGCCAAUGACACUUUAAGUCAAAAGGUUAAAACAGCCGAUGACACUUUAAGUCAAAAGGUUAAAACAGCCAAUGACACUUUAAGUCAAAAGGUUAAAACAGCCAAUGACACUUUAAGUCAAAAGGUUAAAACAGCCAAUGACACUUUAAGUCAAAAGGUUAAAACAGCCAAUGACACUUUAAGUCAAAAGAUUAAAACAGCCAAUGACACUUUAAGUCAAAAGGUUAAAA